AUGGGGCCCCCAGAAGAGCUGGUGGCCUCGUUCCGGUGGGCCAAAUGCUGUGUGGACUACCUGGACCAGCAGGGGGAGCUGGGCUGGUUGAAAUCCAUGGAGACUUUGCCUAUCUCAACCUGGUUUUCCGGAUACGGAUGCGCAGAGACAGCCUUCCAGAUGUUGGAGUCUGCGUUGAAGGGCAAGAGGGAGACAGAUGGGAAAUCGUUUUCCUCGAGUUACCAAUUCGAGAUAGCAGUCAAGGCCCGCCAAGCUUGCCUGGAUAGAAUUGAUGCACAUACAUGCCAGCACAUCGAUAUCCUGCGCAGGCUCCGAGAUGUGGAUCGAAUCGAGUUAGAAAAGAUUGAGCAAGCCAGCUCCAAUCCUUCAGAAGACUUGUGGGAGUUUUUGCUGAAGAAGCAAUUUCUUUCUGAAGGUCUUUGCUCCAGGCACAAGAACAGGUGUUCUUUUCCCUUGACAAUCAUGGACGUCACUGGCAGUAUGUGCUUGGGAUACUCCACCCUUGGAAAGAAAGACGAUGGGAAAUUGCUGAAGGAGAACUCACCUCAUAACAAGCUUAUGCUCAUAUGGGCUAUUCAUCAUGGACGGAAGCAAACCCCAGCUUUGAUCCAUGAAAACGUGCGGGGUUUCUCAAGCAGCUAUUUGUCAGCAAAGCUUGGACACUUUGGGUAUCGGUUUUUGACCAGUAUCCAGACUACUGGAGAGAACUGUGCGAUGAAAGCAAACAGCCGACAGCGCUUGAACCUAAGCCAGUAUGAUGUCUUCAUCUUGGAGAAGUACUUCAACCAGAUCCGGGACCCAGCUGAAGUGUACCAGCGUUUGGUGGAGCACCUGACUAGUGUCAUGAGACCCGUGGAAUUGCAACAUGUAGCCUGGAUGAUUGGUCCCGAGUGGGAGAAGGACCUGCGGCAAGAGAUGGUGGAGAACCGCAAUCAGAAUAGUGUCAUGUCUGCUGAGGAAGCCAAAACAAUGGAGAUGACCGAUUGGACGGGGCUGCUCAGCUCCAAUGAGCAAGCCAACUACAGAAAAUACUUGGAGCAUCUCGGACAGCUAGAUCAGCCAAAAGAGCUCCGACAAAUACGAGCCGUUUGCGUGUCUCAAGAUCCAGAGUAUAUGUUCAUGGCUGGCUCAGAGGACAAGUUGCCCAGCUUCACCACUGAUAGCACACGGAGGAUAAUGCUUACGCAUUUGAACAGAUGGCUGUCAGCAAAAGAGAAGAUGUCACUCGCAGGAUUCCCUGUGCAUAAGGACAUGGCGGCAGCUGCAGGUGUGGGUUUGGUGGAGCUGGACAACACUUCACAAUGGCACCGUGGCUGUGGCAAUGGUAUGAUUGUUGGAAAUGUGGGAAUGGUGGUUCUCUCUGUUUUGAGCUCCAUCAGCCCCAAGGAAGACCUCCAGGCUGCUCUUUCUCAAGCAAUCAGCGACCAAGACAUGCUUGGAGUACCAGAACAGCUGAAAUUCCAUGGUGGCUGGAAGAAAUGGAGAUUGGAGGUGGGACAGUCGACACACAGUUUCGCAGCCAACGACGAAGCAGCGGCUGUGGCUGCAGCGAUGUGGGCCAAGAGCUGCCUUGCUCAUUUGGAUUGUUUACCAUCCAAAGCGCUGCUUGCAGAGAUCAAGGAAUCUGGCAUGGCAGCCAAGAGAAACAAAUCCAGCCAGAUCGAGGCAGUGCUCCACCUUCGUUACAGGGCCCAGAAGUUUGCCUGCAUUUGCUGCGCUGGUCCCAAGGUGAAGCCAGAGGUCAUAGGACCUCCAGCAGAUCACGCCGAGGUGCCACCCAAAAAGGCCAAGAAGAACGAGAAUGAACCGGAACCUGCUGAGGUGAUACGAAGCAUCGAAGCUUUGCCUGCGCCCCAACUUCAGAAGCGGAGCUACAACCCUCGAACCCGAUCACAACCCAAGAAGAUUCUGAAGCUAGAGAAGAUGGACAAGGAGAGUGCCCAAGAGCGUGGUGCGCCCACCGGGAAAGACUGGGAUGACAUAUUUGGAACGGAAUGCGCCCAAGUGUUUGGGAUCUAUUUUGAGAAGGUUGAACCGCAUGAAGUUCCAGCAGACCAAGCUCUUAUGCAAAAAAGUGCAGCUACCUUGGACACCCUCAGGAAUGCCGGACCUAAGGGAAACAUGUCUGCGGGAAAAGAAAAGGUCUUGGAAUUCAGUGAGCUGUUCAAGCCUGAUGAGUCUCGGACAGUCAAGAGCAAGGCACAAUUGGAGGAGGAAAAACUGCGGGAGAUCCAGUUUCCCAGCAAUUUGCUGAAACGAUUCAUCGAACAUGCUUUCAACCACAGCCCGAAUGAAUACAUGGCAUUUUUCAGCAGCACAGAUGCCCACAUGAUGUAUUACCUCCAACAGCUGUGCCCAAUGGCCUAUGGAUUGGUUGUUGACUCUGACAAGAAGCUCCGUUGUAUGAGGUUGAGUCCGGAGGGCAUCAAGGCAGUUUGUGAAUGCAAGCACGAGCAAUGGCAGGUGCCUCAUGAACAUUCCAUUGGAAAUGAGGAAGCUGUGGAGGAUGUGCCCUAUUACAUCCACUACAGUGGUAAAAGAAGUCGACUUCUUCUUUUCGAUGAGAAUAUGGUGCCAGAGAUUGAAACUGCUGUCAAAGCAUCGGCCACCGCGAGGGCAUCAAAGCGGGAGUCUGACUCUGCGGGACAGAACUCCCAGUCAGCUGAGACAGGUGAUUCUGCUCCUAGACUGCCACAACGGCCUCAUGGAAUUCAGACUGUCCAGGAAACUCUUGCAGCUAUCAAGCAAUUGAAAGACUGGCUCCUUGAAUCCAUGGAUCUCUGUUUUCAGGAGCCGGAAAAAGCCUCAAAGGAGUUCCGAACCAAGGCCUUGGAGUUGGCAAGUGCCAACCCUGGUUUGUCAGACUUGCUGACGGAGUGCGGGGUUAGCGCUGAGGAAGGCUCUACAGCAUGCUUAAAUUUUUCUCAGCUUGCAAGUUUCCUGCGAAGGGCAGAAGGAGAGCAAGACCAGAUUCAGCAAGAUUUGCUGACAGCUGGCCCGGCUCGGAGGCCUCGUGGAAGACCCUUUGGGUCCACAAACAAGAAAACAGAGGCUGAUGGAGAGGACGCUUCCAAGAAGACCCGUCGCAAGAAGACUCCCAAAGGCAAGGCCACGGGCAGGAAAGAGCCGGAGGCUGAGGAUGAGGGCAUUCAGAGAGCAGAUGAGGAAAAAGAAGGUGAAACUGGUUUCCCAGAGACAGACCCAUUUGGAGAUCUGGAGCAGGAAACCUCAUCAAAGCGAAACAAGUGCGUGACAAUACCCCUCUACGUCAAAUGCUUGGUGGUUGAGUGCGCGAAAAAGCUUGAAAAGGAUGAGAGUGUCCAGAGCAUCGAGAAAGAGGUCAUGGUCCGCUUCAAGAAAUACUUCUACAGCUGCGAGACUAAUGGGUGGAAAAGUGGCCUACUGAGCAAAUGGAUUAAGACCUAUGAUGCUGAGUCUCACGAGAAGAUUCCUUGGAAGCUAGCAAACCUGUGGAUUGACCAAGCCUUAGGUUAUCGAGAUCCAGGUUUGGAACAAGCAUCGCGGCCAAUUCAUCUGGGGCUGAACGGCCAAAAGCAUCUCAGCGUCGGUGUGGAGGAGAAUGUUAAGGCUUUGAUCUACUCAUGGCAGGAGAUGGCCAACUACAAGCGGCUCCUCCGGUGGAGCUGGACCAGUCGUGGAUUGGUCACACCAGAUGAGAUGAAAGAGCUUCAUCCCAAACUCAAUGAGGAGGAGAAGAAUGAACUUGGAGAAACAAACCCUAGUCCAUUCAAGCAGAUGGUGCAAGAUCCGCAGAAUGACAGCAACUGGCUGAGCCUACCCAUCCUCAUGCAGCAACAUGCUGACAAAAACUAUGCCCAAUACCAGGGAGAUGUAUAUGCCGCUAAGAAGCGGUUAGAGAUUCAUGAGAUCACACAGCGCAAGUAUGACACCAUUGUGGGCAACUCUCUACGCCCAUUGGUCCUUAUGAAUGGCACGGGUGUUCCAGCAACCCAGAAAUAUGUGAAAGCUCACCUGCAGAAGUGUUCUGACGGCACCAUGAAACUCAAGGAUGGCGCGCGAUCGACCAUCAUUUUGUUUGACUUCCUUGAGAAGAAAGUCAAGAUUGGUGGGCUAGACUGGUCACCUUUGCGGGUCCUUGAAGUCGAGACCAAAUUUGAUGGCCUUGAAUUGAAAGUGGACAAGUCAUUCUUGGAGUCGGUGAGAGUUCCAGGCAAGGUCAAAACAAACAAGCAAACAAACAUUUUUGAUUCCCCAGUCGAGGAGGAAGAAAAAGCUAAUGCUGAGCAGAACUACAUGGAGGAACUUGCUGCCAACGGUAUGCUAAUUCCUGUUGUGGAGACUCUAUCGGAUGCUAUGUCUGAUAUGGUUCAAGAGCUUUUUGCGGGAGAUGAGCAAAAGGACACAGAUUCACAGGAACUCUAUUCUCCUUCCAUUGGCCAUCAUGACGACCAACAUAUGAACGGCGGGGAGGAUUUGGAGGGUGCGGGCGACAUGACGGUGAAGAUUGAUGAGGCCGGCAAUUUGAUCGCUGUCUCUCAUGACAUUGAGCUAGUGGAGGAGGGGGUUCAAGCUUGCACUUCCUCGCAGCCAACUGGCACCUUGGUCACACAAACAAAUCUGAUUGGGCAAAAUUUUGCAAACUAUGUUACAUAUAUAUAUAGUCCGCUAUUUCCACCAGACCUAACUUUCCAAACGACCACACAUAUAGAAGAUAUUGCUACAUAUUUCUUCUAUUUACCAUUGAGGGAUUUUCUCGCCGCUAUAUUUGAUCCAUCCUCUGAACCAUUGCCUUUGUUCAAGGAAAGCAGGUCCAGUACAUUCACUCCACGGCUUGGAAGGAUUUGCAGCAGCAAGGCUUAG